UGUGACGUCACACUAACUUGGGCUUGCUUUUUUAGGGAGGAAUACUAUUUGACAGAGGGUCUUGAAUUGUUUACGUGUUUCGCUAUCCGUAUUUGCUCCUCAGCUUGGUUUUUGUUCGCCGUUAAUCGAAUUGCACAGUUAUAAAAAGCCAAAGGCCAACAUUUGUCGCCAGUGUGGCGCGGCUGUUUAUUCACCUUACGCGUCGCCAGUAAGGCGCCAUUGAAACAUUCGCAAGUUUGGUCACCACAGUGCAUGUUUGAGUCGGCAAACCCCUCUACCUAUCUCACUCAACUGAGAUUUGCAAGGUUUUUCGUCGAAUUGUCUCAUUACUAGCGUGUGACUGAGCAUAAACCGCCGAGUAAGCACUCGGAAUAACGGAAAAAAGUUGACAAGAUGACUACGAUGGCUUCGCUCUUCUCUUUCACCCCUCCUGCGGUGAAAAGACUUCUUGGCUGGAAGCAAGGCGACGAGGAGGAAAAAUGGGCUGAAAAAGCCAUUGAGUCUCUGGUUAAGAAGCUAAAGAAGAAAAAGGGCGCCUUGGAAGAGCUGGAAAAAGCUCUGUCUAACCCUGGACAACCUUCCAAAUGUGUUACAAUCACACGCAGUUUGGAUGGCCGCCUUCAAGUCUCUCACCGAAAGGGUCUGCCGCAUGUAAUCUAUUGUCGCGUUUGGCGAUGGCCCGAUCUUCAAAGCCACCACGAAUUAAAACCUUUAGAUUGCUGCGAAUAUGCCUUUGGGCUAAAGCAGAAAGAAGUCUGUAUUAAUCCCUACCACUACAGACGUGUAGAAAGCCCAGGUGAGGCGAGACAGACAGCUUUAGUUAUUAUAGAAAAAUAAGUACCUCAAAGCUUUGAAGUACUAAAGUGUCUUGCGAAUAUUACGCUAUUCAUAAUUUUCUUCUACAAUGUUUAGCAUCGUUUGUUCUAUCAAUCAGCUGAUCAAGAUGAUUCGUAGGCGAAGUUUAGCGCACUGAAACAUUUUGCCCUUGUAACAAUGAAUAAACGCAAGUGGAUAUUUUCCCUUUUAUUGUUUCCACAGUAUUACCACCAGUACUUGUUCCGAGGCAGAGCGAAUAUCCAAGACCUCCUCCACCACUGCCUUCUCCAUUUCGAAGCGCCGAUGACCCACCGAUGCCCUACAAUGCUUCUUUUCCAUUCCAAAAUCGCCAAAAUCAACUUGAUCACAGUGCAAACACCUUUGAUAUGCCAGGUGAUGAAAGAUUCUUAUUUGUUUUAUUAUUUCUCAGAUUUGCACCAUUUUGUUCAUAUUUUUCACUGCGUCGGCUACAAUAUUCAAUAUUAGAACUGGUUCUUUUUCUUGGCAACAUAUACAAAUGCAACUUUUGAGCAAUAUUUCGAGAUUUCCUUGUCAGGGUCUUUUUCUUCUGUUCCCAAAAGUGGACCAUGCACGUGUUAGCUAUUAAAAAGCUAAUAUUAGGGUUGGGAUUUUAGCAGACGUUCCGCCAAAGGAGAAAUGAUAAAGUAAUUAUAGAUGUGAUAUUUACACCCCUUUGUCUGCAGUUGGCAUGUGUGACUGAAGAUUGAAUUGAAACCAAAGCAAAAUAUUCAACGUGUAAAUUUUAGACUUCACUCACCCUUGCACUUAUGCAUGUUGGUAAAUGGAUUUUGUUUUGAUAUCAUAAUUUAUGAUUUUAUGAAACGUUGCUUCAUUGGCAUAAUCAGAUGAUAUAAGCCUCAGGACGUCAACAUCGUAAUAUCUAGUUUGGUGACACUGUUGUGUCAAAAUUCCAACAUGGUCAACAUUUUGUUUGCUAAAUAUUUGUUGGGAAAAAAAUGAAAUUCGAUAUCUCUUGUGAAAGAUUUGCUCCUGCAGUUACUGCAGCCUAAUUUGUUUUCUUUUGUUUUUCUACCUUGCAACAUUUAUGUAAACUGUAAACGGGAAAUCUGACAGGUGCUCGCCAUUUUAUAGCAGCAAAUUGUAAAAAUUUAGAUGCAAAGAGCUCUGUUUUUGAUUUAAGACCCAUGCAGAGAAAGAAAGGGGCUAUUUUGCCUGUUAUGAAGGCUUCCAAAGAAUUAAAAUCAGAUCAAAAUUUUUGGAUUUCCUUAUGGACAUCAUUCAUUACCCUUGGGCAGUAUUCAUUACCCUUGCUUUUCUGGGGGUUUCUCUUUCAGUGUAGUUUUAAUCUAUGAACUUGAGUGAAAUGUGUAGUUUGUUACUUAACAAGUUUUUUGUAUGAUUAGAUCAAGAGGUAUGGGUAUUUUUUAUAUUAGUGGGUGGUCAACUAGACUAGGGAUGCUACUGUUGUAGACAGUCUUCAAGAGUCCUAUAUUGCCUUCAUCUACACAAUACUUUAGCAAAUGAUGACAAUUUAUUUUUGGAGUUGUUACGUUGGAACUGAUACACAAAAAGUAAUCUAUCAGCUUGCUCUGUUUGAUGAAACUCACUGCAAAAUUCUAACAAGCUGCACAUCUAAGAAUUUGUAGUUUUUUUGAUAACCCUAAGAAUUUGAGGUAUCUUUACUGCAAAUACAAGUAACAGUUGUUCUGUGAGAGGGCUCACCCUUUGCCCUCCUUAAAAGUGACUAGCAUCUAAUGUCUCCUUACAUUCUCACCCGGAAUCACACAUUAAGGUCAUGAGACUAAAUGAAUGAUCACCAACUAAAGAGGCUCUUGAUUGUGAAACAAUUUCUACUUGUCAGCACCUUAGGGAAUGUAUAGAGAACAGUAUGGAGAAUAUGCAUACUGAUGUAAAAGUGGUGUAAAGGUUAUAGGUUUCUGGGGAGUUCUUUUAACAUAUUUAUUUCUUUUCAAGAUUCAGUGAGAUUUUGAAAAAGUGUUUAUUCAUGGAUUGUAUCUAGUCAGUUGCACAAUUUUUUUACCUCAACUGGUAGUCACAGUAGUCUUUGGUUAGAGAAGUCCUGUUUCAAGAUCUGGCAACAAUAAUAUACAAUUAUUUUUUUUACAUCUUAAAUGAGCAAAAAGUCCAAAGUCAGGCUAAACAGUUAGAGGAAUUGUUCAGCCUGGUUUGUUACUUCUUUGCACUGAAUUAACCUUUUACAUUGAAUUACCUGAAAAUUGCAUUUAUCUUAACCAAUCAGAACUGAAUAAUUUUUUCUUAUAUCUUAUUAACAUCGAAAUAGUAUAGCAACUUCUAAACUGGAUCAAAAGUUUUUGGCUAACCCCUAGUUAACUAAUUAUGCUUUGAUUGUCAUGAUCCAGGGCCCAGCUUCUCAAAUGCUGUUUGGUGCUAACCAUGAGUUAAAUUUUUAUCCAGGUCUCUUCAACUUCGUUAUUUCAAAAGCUUCUUUUUGAAUAAUUUCCUCUUUUCUCUUAAAAGCAUCCAUUAACCAAAUUAUAGACAAGAAGAAUUAUGGUGAGUUUUCUCUUGAAGCUUUUACAUCUGAAAUAAGAUUUCACACAAACCUUGGGUUACCUUAACCCCAGCUUUGAAAAACAUAAACAAGGAGUAUAAAUGAGUACUGGAAAAUUGUCAGGGAAAGGUGGAAAAAAGCUUGGGGGUGGGAGGGGGGGGGAGGGUGGAGAGAACCCCUGAGGGAUUGGCAUCUAUCACAGUGGAGAACCUGUGGUAAAACUCACAGGUGUGGGACUCUUUCUUAGUGUCCACGUUUUCUUGACCCUUUCACUCUCAAAAUCUGAAAUUGUUAAUUCUCUCCUCUAGCUGCUACACAUUGCCUUGUGAAUUAUUUACAAGAAUAUGGUGUUAGAUGAAGAUAACAACUUUUACUUGAUAAGAUUGAGAAUUCUCAUUAGCUGUUUCCUAUACUAUGUAUGGAUAUUAUUGGAGAAGUUACAUGUUAAUUACUGGGGAGUUUUGGGGUGUAUGUCCUCCCUUCCUGCAGUAAAGUGAAUUUUAAACAAGUUGGUUUCUAUUGCAGACACACCUACAGGUUAUAUGUCUGAGGAUGGUGGAUCUCCUCGUCCUGUUGACCCAAAUGCAAUGGAAGUGGACAAUGUCAACUCCCCACCAGCUGUGUCACCACAGACAGGUUAGUGGAAAACAUAAAUUUCUCUGAAUUUUCUUGUUUGACUAUUUCACAGUAUUGUAGGGUAUUUGUUGAUUAAAAUAUUUUAAAAAAUAUUGCACUGAGACAGUGCAUUCCAGAGGUUAAUGAACUUAACUUGAAGUCUAUUUAUUAACAUUUCCACAUUUCUGUUAUUUGUUAUUCACAGAUUUGCGACAUGUUACCCCAGUUAAUUACCAGGAGCCAUCUUCAUGGUGUUCAGUCUCUUACUACGAGCUGAAUAACAGAGUUGGUGAACAGUUCCAAGCAAGCUCAACCAGCAUCUUUGUUGAUGGAUUCACAGAUCCAAACACAGCAAAUUCAGAGAGAUUCUGUCUGGGUCUGUUGUCUAAUGUAAAUCGCAAUUCAACCAUUGAAAGUACAAGGCGACAUAUUGGUAAAGGUGUGCAUCUGUACUAUGUGGGUGGAGAGGUUUUUGCUGAAUGCCUCAGUGACUCUGCCAUCUUUGUGCAGAGUAGAAAUUGUAACCACAUUCAUGGCUUUCAUCCAACAACAGUGUGCAAGAUUCCUUCAAGUUGCACACUUAAAAUUUUCAACAGCCAAGAAUUUGCCCAGUUGCUCUCACAAUCUGUCAAUUAUGGUUAUGAGGCAGUGUAUGAGCUGACAAAGAUGUGUUCCAUUCGCUUGAGUUUUGUCAAAGGCUGGGGAGCUGAGUAUCAUCGCCAAGAUGUUACCAGUACACCAUGCUGGAUUGAAAUCCAUCUCCAUGGUCCCUUGCAGUGGCUUGACAAGGUGCUGAUUCAGAUGGGGUCACCUCGAAAUCCAAUUUCUUCUGUUUCCUGAGAACUUUAGUGUAGUUAAUUUGGCAGCAGUGCAUCAUUGGCAUUGUGUUAUUUGGGUAGUUAGGUUUAUGCUGUUGGCUUUGAAAGCAGUUUAUGAAUCAGUGUUUUAAACUUUAUUUGCUCCUUUAUAUUUGUGUGGUUGUGUUGUUUUGCUAAAUCUAUUGAGACCUGGAAUUCAGGCUUUGAUGAGCAGGUUUUCUCUAAAGUUAAGGAGCAGUGCUCACAAAUAGUAAACAUAACAGUUGUUUGUACUAUACAUAUUCCAUACUUUUUGAUUCAAAUGAAAGUUUUCUUUAUUCUGACAAAAGAAAUCAUAUUAUCAUGGUCCAUAUGUUAUUAUGCUACCCUGUCAUAUGCAAAAUAUUUCUUGUUUCAUCAUGAAUACAUAUUAUAAAUAUACUCUCUUGGUUUAUGUUUGAAUGCUAUAUUUGCUUUUCUAUUACCUCCCUCCAUCUGACAGUGAAAUUUCCUUUUUUGAGGCUUCUCAUCUUUUUGUCUGUUAGUUUUUACACCUGUGGCCUUAUACACAUGAAUUUUUUCUUUCAUCCUUUGCAUUAGUUUCUGCUUCUCAAAAUAAUGGCAUCAUAUGGAGGUGAAACAUUUUUGGAGGAGGGGGGUGGGGGGGGCAAAAGCUUAACCUUUUCACUCCAAAGAUCUGACUAGUAACUCUCCCUACUAGGUGUUAGACAAUUUCUUUCAAAUUAGUUAGGAGAAGUGGUAAUACACGACACCAGCUGAUUUUGGUGAAAGGCAUGCCUGGUGAUAAUUAACAACUGCUGUAUCGGAGAUGAAAUAAAGAAAUCUUUUCGUGAAUGAAAUGUCUAAAGCUUACAUCUAUUUCAAGGCAGAUAUAUUUUACCCGUUGGGUAGGUAUGAAGACAGUACGAAUCGUUCCCAACUGCCUUGCCACGCCCAUCUACUCCUUGGGUCUGAUACAAAAGAGUCAUUUGUAAAUGAAUUUCGAUGGGAAUUCGACUGCGCGAAGCUUUCUUUAACAGGACUUUUUUUCAUUUGAGUCGUCUUGGUAGUUUUUACUUUCGCGUAGUUACGUAAUAUGCCACUCUGCAACAUUUGUGCAUGGUUCCGCACUUCAUUAUGCAUACUGUUCUUAGAUUUAGAAACAAUGGCGAAAAAAACAGAUAACUAUAAGACUACGACUUUGUUUUUUAAUGGAGUUAAUAAGUGGAGUUCGUGUUUUAAGAUGAGAGUGAGGCGAGGCCUUGGAGAGAAACAAAAAAUGUGGGUUUUCACGUUACUUUGAUGUAACAUUUACUGUUUGAAGAAAGUCGUAUUGAAGUGAACUCCGAGGUUAACGUAUACACGUUAUGGAUCAGAAUUUUUGUCGAAUUCGAUACUUUUUUCACUCGGUUUCAUAGUAUUUGGAGUUCAGGGGUGAAGAUAUCGGCCCGUUUUUUAAAUUUAUUUAUAUAUUUUGAAGUAGACACCAAAUAUGGUGCUUGAAGGUUUGUACAUAGAACUUGUUACUAUUCUUUGAGGAAAUGCUGGGGAAAGGUUGUGAGUGGUAAUUAAAACAACUGAAUGCUUGAAAUUUUUUCUAUCAAUUUUUUAAAUUUUUUUUGUGGCUCAAACAGGGCAGAAAGAGUAUUCUGGCUGAUCAAUCUUGUUACAUUGCUUGUACUGUUGCCUCUUUCAACCUCCCCUCCCAUCUAAAACAUUUGCAUAUUACUUUGACGUAAACAUCUGUCUGGGAGGUAAACACUUCUAUGUGUAAGAGUGAUGUACAAAUUGCUACAGUUGUUCUAUCUAGAUUAAACUUCAAAAGGAAAGAAACAGGUGUCGAAAAACCUACACUACAGCGUUUUAAUUGUUUCAUUAUAACGCACAGACUACAACAGUAAACCAGCGAUUGUACCACGAGAUGUCUACGCUGUUUUCGUUUGCGCACCCUGCUGUUAAGAGAAUACUUGGUUGGAAGCAAGGCGACGAGGAAGAAAAAUGGGCCGAAAUUGCAAUUUCAUACUUGGCUAGAAGGCUCAAAAAGAAGAAAGGUGCUAUGGAGGAGCUGGAGAAAGCGCUUUCCAAUCCGAAUCAACUAUCACAAUGCGUUACUCUCCCUCGAGGCACCGAUGGACGAAUUCAAGUUCGUCACAAGAAAGGUUUGCCUCAUGUUAUCUAUUGCCGCAUUUGGCGAUGGCCCGAUCUCCAGAGUCCUCACGAAUUAAAGGCACUGGAUUGUUGCGAAUAUGCUUUUGGUUUGAAAAAGAAAGAAGUCUGUGUCAAUCCUUUCCACUAUAGUCGCGUGGAGAGCCCAGGUGAGUUAGACUGAAAAUUAGAGAGAUUGAGAAUUUGGAUUAAUUAAGAUAAAAUACAACUCACUUAUACGUGUUUGGACAUGUACAUUUAUUUGUUUCCUGACCUAAAAACCUGCCUAAAAUUUCUUAUCUUAUUAUCCAUUUUUGUCUUUUAAAUUUCAAACGUUUCAAGAAGUCAAAAAUAUUCUUUCAUCGAAAAUGUUAGUUUGUAUACCAUUUACCCCCCCUAGUUUUUUAAUGUUUUUUUCUUUUUGCAUAUUCACAAUCAUUAAUUGCAAUGAAGAAAGAUUAAAAAUAUUGCUCCUUGGUGCAGCUGACUACAAAGUGUGUUUUAAACAGUGACAAUGCAUCUAGCUAGAGUGUUUGUCAAAUGUCACCAUAAAUUUUGUGUUUACUUUUUUUAAUUAACUUACAUUUUGUUAGAAAUAAUGUUUUGACAAUAAACACCAUUAAUAAUGGGUGUUAAUGGAGGGGGGGCAUCAUAGCAGGGGACACAGUCCUUUCUAGCAGACAAAAGCUAACCGCAAUCAGAUGAUAAGAGUGGAACACACUUCAAGCAGACUCCCUACUCCAGUCAUAUUGUUGUAACUAAAUCUCCUUUUUCCUUGACGCAAGCUUUUAUUUCCUCCAGUCUUCUUUCUCCCCCUCCUCCCCUUGCCAAAUUCCUUACCAUCCAUCUUUUCAGAUAAUUUUAUGCAAAUAAGCAGCAUAAGACGUAUUGCUUCUCCCCCUUGAUCAUAUGCCAAUCCAUACUGCAAUUUACCUCUGAACAUAAUUUUCCUCUACAUGAUACCUUAAAACUGUCAAGAGAACCGUACUACUUGGUUGAAAGGGACAUUGAGGGAGUAAAGAAUCUGGUCUAACAACACAACACAGUGAGCCUACCAAGUUAUGUACAAGCUGGACCUUUCAGUGAUCCGUGGUUGAUUCCACAAACCCUUGGAACUGUGUCCCUCUUACAAUCAGUUGAUAAGCUUUAAUCAUUUUAUGUUCUUAUUCUCCCAGUGUUACCUCCAGUGUUGGUGCCACGGCAAAGUGAAUACCCAAAACCUCAACCACCCUUACCGCCCCCAUUUCAAAGUGCAGCAGAACCUCCAUUGCCAUACAAUGCUUGUUUCCCUUUCAAACAACAAGCACGUAGGCCUGAGGGCAGCAUGAACAUGUACAUGGCAGGUAACUGUACUUUUUGCUCAUUUUGAGGUAUCUUUCUUUUGGUUAACCAUUCUUACUGAAGACUACAUUUGAUUCAUUAAAAAUGUAUUGAAAGGGGAAGCAAGACAAACCAUAUCUUAUUCAUGUAUGUUGGGCUAGAUUCCUCUCCUUCACAUCCCCCUUAGGUGGGGGAGGGGAACAUAUUAUUUACUUGACCCCAUCCUUGUAGAAAAUAAGUCAUGAGACUUUUGCAAUACAUGAAUAAAUUCUCCUCCCAAAUUACCUGCUGUUUGCCCAAACAACCAGAAGAAAAUUUGGCACUGAUUGAAAAAGUGUUGAGAGACUUCAGUCAAGUACCUCUAAAAUACAUAGUAUAAUGUGCAGCUUUCUCUUUUUCUUUACUUAGAGUCACCCAAAAGUUAUAUAUCAGAGGAUGCAGAAUCACCAUGUCCUACAGACCCAAAUACUAUGGAUGUAGAUGUUGUUGGAUCUCUGCCAACAAUGGUGAACCAACCAUGUAAGUCAACAGAAGUCAUCAAUGAGCAUUACAUCUUUGUUUCUUUGUUUACAACUUGUUUGAAGGUUAACCCUUUGAUAUUCAGGAAAGUGUUCUUGGUUGUUCUUAUUUAGGUCCAUUUCAUGCACCACACUUUUCAUGUGCUGAACCUAACAUCAUAAGUAGAUUAGAUGAAAGUUUGAUUGAAAAGCCGAAGUUCAACUUUGAGCACCUUAUAGCCUUUCUUUAUUCUUGGAUUAGCAGGGAAUUAUGAUUUUGCAUUGCCUCUGGAAUGUAUUUGAUUCAUAGCUUAGGCCAAACAAAAUUCAUGCAUAAUUGACUUGUUUUGAAUAUGCUGUUCUUCUGAAACUAUUUUGGGGAAAGGUAUGAUAGCUGUUUAAGUUAAGCAUCAACAGUAAGACUAGCGUAUUUUUUUAAAUUUGGAGCAGUCCAAAUCUAAAUUAACCCUUUAACUCCCAGAAGUGAUUAACAGGUAACUUCUCCCUACAAUAUUCAUACAUUACCCAGCAAAAAGGUAGAAAUUGUUAUCUUGAUCUAACACCAAACUCUCCAAACUAAUAUACAAGGAAAUGUAUAACAGUGAGAGGGGAGAACUAACAAUCAGAUCUUGGGAAUUAAAGGGUUGAGAUUGGCUCGUGAAAAGUUGGGGUCAUAACCUGGCCUCAUAAAUAGAAAUUGAGUUGAAGUUGUAACUGGGAGAUGUAAUUCACUCUCUUGCAGAUUUAUCUCAUGUUACUCCAGUAAGCUAUCAAGAACCAAUAUCAUGGUGUUCUAUCUCCUACUAUGAGCUGAACAACAGAGUUGGAGAUCAGUUCCAUGCUUAUCGUAACAGUAUCAUGGUAGAUGGAUUCACAGAUCCAAACACCAAAAACUCGGAAAGAUUCUGUUUAGGUCAAUUAACCAAUGUCAGUCGUAACUCAACCAUUGAGAGUGCAAGGCGACAUAUUGGAAAAGGUGUGCAUCUGUACUACGUGGGUGGAGAGGUUUUUGCUGAAUGCCUCAGUGAUUCUGCCAUCUUUGUGCAGAGUAGAAAUUGCAACAACAGCCAUGGUUUUCACCCUACAACUGUGUGUAAGAUCCCUUCAGGCUGUACCUUGAAAAUUUUCAACAACCAAGAAUUUGCACAGUUGCUUUCUCAGUCUGUUAAUUAUGAUUUUAAGGCUGUAUAUGAUUUGGUAAAGAUGUGUUCCAUUCGGCUGAGUUUUGUCAAAGGCUGGGGGGCUGAGUAUCAUCGCCAAGAUGUUACAAGUACACCGUGCUGGAUUGAAAUUCAUCUGCGUGGUCCUCUGCAAUGGCUUGACAAGGUGCUGACUCAGAUGAAUACAGAAGGAAUGAAUUCAACAAACUCAUUUGAUUAAUCUGUGUAAUCUUAUCUGUUGUUCCAGGAAAUAUUCAUGCAUUAACACGAAUCAAGUUUUGGUUUAAAAGGUCCCCCCUUUCCCUGACUCUGAACAAAUUCCCUUGUCUCCUCUCCCCCUCCCUUACCACCACAGGCAUAGUUGGGUUAAGUCACUGCCCCUUCCAUAAUCAUCUGCCCUCUUGAGUGGUGUAAUCCUUUUCCAAUCAAAUAUAUUGACAAUCAAACUUGUUUUCUAUAUAUCUGGUCAGAGAAAUGUAAGAAAUCUGCAAAUAAUUGCUUCUUAAACAAUAGCUGAAGAUAACUCAUACGGAGUAAAUUAGUGGGAAAGGAUUGUUUGCUUUUGGUCAAGCUUGUAAGAGGUAAUUACUAUAAGGGUGGGCAUGGAUGUUUCCUGGAAAAAAAAAGGCUUAAGUCUGUACUGGAGCCAAGGGGUCCACCCGGCCAGGGCUUAUCCCCGUUUUCAUGUAGCAUGAAGUGACUAAGAGUAUGACUUUCUCCCCCCUGAAUGAUGUGCCAAUGACCCAGCCAUGUGUUGAAACCAGGACCUCUCAACCCCAAGACCAGCACACUUUUAACUAUCAAGCUCACCAUGUCUCUUACAGAUGUUUCCUUGGGUAAAGCAUCCAAAACAAUUAUCAUACUCGUAUGAACUAGGUAACAAACCAGCAAAAUUAAUUGGACUUCUAUUGUAUUCCUACUUCAUGAUUUAGUUAAUGUCAUAAAUACUGCCAUAAUUAAAUCACAAAAAAUUAAAAAUUAAACUAAGGAGGUAGUGUGGCCAAGUGGCUUUAAGGGUCUGGAUGGCAUUGUCUGUUUCAGAUCUAAACCUUGCAAACUUCCCCCCCCCCCCCCUUCUCCCUCAGAGGUGAAGGGGUUCCCCUAAUGAUGUAAUAUAUUAUAACAAUAUUGUUGUUUUUAGUGAAAUUAUGAGGACUCAUCUCAGCUUGUAAAAUCAAGCAAUGAUUAUUUAAGAUUUUAUAACUAUUACUCUUGGAUUCAGAUCAUUUACUCUGUAAUAUACUGUAUAAAGUUUUUUUUCUCAUGCAACUGUAACUGCAUGCUUUCUGUGUGAAGUUUAAAAUCAAUUAAAUUAAAAAAAAAAAAAGACCACUUCUGCAUUGAGGUCGGAGGAAUAAGGUAAUUGGUACUUUUUUUUUAAAGUUUGUAACCCAGAACUUGGGUACUUGGAUGUUAUGCAGUAACUCCUCAUCGUCCUCGUGACGUAGAAUUUUACGCUGAGUCCAAGUAUGAAUUCCUCAGCUACAAAUGAUCAGAGUCAGAAGUCUAUUGUUGCCAAUCCUGUGUGUUGGUUUCUCUGUGUCGUUUCCCGAUUCGGCUCAUGUAUUCCAGAUAUCGUUCAGCGGCAUGUACCAGCGAGUUAGUAUCCAUCAUGUAAUCAGGACAUCGAAGAAAAUGGCGGCGGAUUUCAAGUAAGUGUGCUGCCUCUUCGAUCGAGUCGUUUAGCAAUCAGUUUUCGACAUUCACUUUACUCUUUGCAUCUUCACAUUGUAGGACUGCACAGCCAUUAGAAUAUUACAGGCAGUUUCUGGUGAGCAAAUCUUUCGUUUAAGUUGAAAUACAAGCGUGCUGAACGGUGCGGCUGAAAAAAUAUAUCUUGUUUUAAGCCAGGGUUUGUGUCCAUUUAAAUGCACGCUAGGAAGUCUUUAUCUUUUUAUUUUAAUUUGUAGAAGGAGAAUGUAAGGCCAGAUGGUCGUGCACUCUUAGAGUUUAGAAAAACGAUUCUCAAUGUUGGUAAGAUGAGGUCUUUUUGUUUCCUACGUUUUGACACUUUUCAUACCAUGUGAAUUUUUACGUUCUUUAGGCUUAUCUUAACAAUCUUUCCAUGAUUUUUGCUAGGUUCUAUAUCGACAGCCGAGGGAUCGGCUUUGGUUAAAGUUGGAAACACGACAGUUGUCUGUGGAGUCAAAGCAGUUAGUAUACACUGCUACCAUACUGUCACGAUGUAUUUCUUUUACCCUCCUACGAGUGACUAGCCUCUAAUUUCUCCUUACAAUAUCACCCCUGAGUCACACAUUAAGGCUAUGAGAAUUUAGGAAAUCAUCACCAACUUUAGAAGCUCCUGACUUUUAGGCAAAUUCUCCUUGUCAGCAGCUUAGGAAAUGUACAGGGAAUAGUAUGGAGAAUAUGCGUCCUGAUGUUAAGGUGUAAACGGUUAAAGUUGAAGCUGAAAGUUAAAGUUGAAGUUAAAGCUGAAGCUGAAGUAGGGAACUUCAGCUGUCAUAUUCUGCUUUCCAUUACUGAGGAAACUCUAAAUUUACCAAAUUUUAAUGUUUUAACGUUAAUGUUUUGUGUUUACAUAGUAAACUAAGUAAAUAAUAGGCAUUCUUACCAAAAUUAAGGCUUUUGUCAAUUCUCAUCCAUAGGAGUUUGCUGUGCCAAGUCAGGAUAAACCAAAACAUGGCUUCAUAGGUCAGUAAUAAUGCUAAUGGUGAUAGUGAUGAGAUCACACAAAGGAGCUUGCUGGUGUUUACAUCUGCAUCUAUUGGAGUUACAAUCAACAAAGAACUCAAACCUCAACUUCUAUGCCAUCACUAUGUUUUCACAAUUUAACCCUUGAAACCCUAAUUUCUCCAUAUAGUAAUACUGCCAAAUAAUUCUGUAAGAUCGCAAGAAUAAAGGGAAUUAUGACCAACCUAAGAGGCUUUGAUUGUAAAAGGAAUUCUCCUUGUCAGUACCAAAUGAAAUGUGUAGAGAAGAGUAUGAAGAAUAUAUAUAUUAACAUUAACCCUUUAACUCUUAUGAGUGACCAAGAUAGAAUUUCUCCUUACAAUAUCAAUACAAUAUCAAGCAGGCAAGUGAUAAGAAUAUAGAAAAAAUCUUAAUUAGGGGAUUAUUUGUUGAUCCAAUACCAAAUUAUCCAAACAAGCACCACAAGAACUGUAUUGCAGACAGUAAGGAGAAUUCAUGAUGAGAUCUUGGGCAUUCAAGGGUUAAGGUGUAAAGGGUUUAGCUAUGUCUCCCUUGACCCUUUCACUCCCAAGAUCUAAUUAGUAAUUCUCCUUACUAUCUGCCAUACAAUUCUUAUGAUGUUAGUUCAGAGAAUUUGGUAUUGGUUCAACUAAUCUUAAAUUGAUAUCCUUCUCUAUUCUCAUCACCUACCUGCUUGAUAUUGUAUUGAUAUUGUAUGGAGAAAUUCUGUCUUGGUCACUUAUGGGAGUGAAAGGGUUAAGUAGCAAGGUAUACCUCUUGUACUUUUGAAUCAAGUAAAUAAUUAUCAUGUGAAUUUUUUGAUUUUCAAAUAUGAUUGAAUAAGAUGACAAAUUUAUUAAUUUAAAAUUUGUGCAUUUAGUUCCUAAUGUAGAUUUACCUCCUCUUUGUUCCUCUCGUUUUCGCCCGGGUCCUCCUGGUGAACAAGCACAAGUUUUGAGUCAAUUCGUGGCUGAUGUUAUCUCCAAGUGAGUACCUGAACAUGAAGAAGGAUAGAUUUGAAACCUUUUGUUUCUUUGCUAUCAUUUCCAUGGUAAUCAGUUUUAGUACAAUUUGGGGAAAUUGAGUGUUUUACUGUUUGCAUUAUCAGCUGUGAACCAAUCAAUCUGGAGGACUUGUGUAUUGUGGAGGGCAAGGUAGGAAGCUCCUUUCACAGUUCUGAUGUGAGCUGAAUUUACAUUGGAUGUGUUUACAGAGUGCAAAAUAAUGGCAGGUCAUUGGAUAACAUCAAGUCAAAUAUGGGUUUUUGUCUAGGUAACUCCUUGGAUGGCAGGAUAUUUUGUCCUGUUGUUUACCCAUGUAAUGAAGAUUUAAAUUCCAAGCUAAUUUCAGGUUUUAGAUACAGCUGUAUCACUUUUCCUGCACUGAGUUCAAGGCUACACUGUACUUGUUUUGUAAAAAGAAGGGGAAUGAUUUAUGAGAUAUGAUGCAAUGUAUCUCUGUCUGUCCAAAAUUGGGUGGUGUUCAGACAAAAAUUUUUUUUGUGCCUCUUCUUUAAAAAAAGAGAUGUGCCAUGGUAAAAGACCUUUUGUAAAGGAAUUUUUCUUUCACCUCCCAACAUGUAUAAUUUGAAUUUGUACCUUGGAAUCUCCCAUCCUUCACAUAUCACAAGACUAUCUUACAGGACUACAGGUACUUCCUGCUUCAGUCUUUUAACUGUGCUUUUUCUUCCAGUUGUCAUGGGUCCUGUAUGUGGAUAUUAUGUGUCUUAGUUAUGAUGGAAAUGUAACAGAUGCAUGUCUCAUAGCUGCUAUUGCUGCCCUCCUAAACAGUGAGUAAUAUUCCUUUUAUAGACAGGCAGGAGAGAAUAUUGUGUUGCCAAGUUACCUUUUUUUUGGAGGGGGAGGGGAGGGGUGGAUGUUGUGUUGGCACUAGCCAAAACACAUACAGUCCUUUCUGUUUUGGAAGCUUUCCUUUACAGUUAAUAAAACUUUGUUAUUGACGUUUCAGUACAUUAAUAUUAGGUACUUUAGAACAGUAACAUGGUCACUCUACUUACCUAGAAUGAUUUUGGUUCCCAGCACACCUUCAUUCAGUGACAAUAGAUGAAGAGACACAAAUUCCAUUACCAUCUGAAGAGAGAGAAGUUCUGUUGAACCUUAGGGCACAUCCUGUCUCUGCUACACUUGGUGUAUUUGAUGAGUAAGUCAUGGUAGGCUGUACAGUCAAACAAGUCUUUAAACAAGAUGCAUUUUCUACUAAAGACAACAGUGUUAUGUCUUGACUUAAUUGUUAAAUCCAGCAAACAUUGAUUUCUUUUUUCCCUUGUAGCACAGUAUUGUUUGCUGACCCAACAGAUGAAGAGGAAAAUCUAGUGACUGGAAUUGUGACAGUAGUCAUCACAGAUGAUGAUAAAAUUGCAGCAGUUCAUAAACCAGGUAACAUGUGCUUUGGUGAUCUGACAAUUGUGGGGCAGGCAAAAAAAAUACUUUUAGCCUUUGACACAGUUCAAUUGCAAUAACAACAACAACAACCAUUUUGUAAGCUAAAACUAUGCUCAGUAGCAGUUUCAGUCUUUGAAGUGAUGGUGGUUGGAGGAGAAUUCUUCAUAUUGCUGUUGUCUAUGUUUUUUUUUCUUCAAGGUGGAUCACCCCUAGCAGAUGAUAAACUACAGGAAUGCUUCAAAGUGGCAGUGAAAAGAGCAAAAGAAGUCAGAGAUCUUGUACAAACAGCUUGUAUAAAUGUUGACAGAUGAUACAACAUCCUACAGUAUCUUGCUAUUAAAAAAUAUUCUCUACAUACAUAACAAUGACUUCAUUCUUUGAUUUAAACAUUGGUAGAUUUUGACGAAAAAGUCCAAGAUUGUACGUUAGUGUCUAAAGUUGCAUGCUGGUGUCCAAAUUUGGACGGAGGUGUCCGAACUCCAAAGGUGUUUGAAAUAGGACAGUAGCAUCUGAAAGGGGAUGGAAGUGUCUGAAAUCCAACGAAACAGUACAACAUUGUUCACAACCAUUUAUCUGCGGAUGUUAGUUCUCUUUCCAGCAUUUUUGGGUCUAACAAUCAACUAGUUUUCACUGGAAACAGUAUAAGAGAUCGCAAACUUUACUCUUAUUUUCCAGUAAUAAACUCUAUGAUGGGGAAGGAUUCUGACUUUAUUUUACCAAUUGUAGUAUGACUCUAGGACUAAAUAUAAUGCUGUCAUUAAGAAAAGAGGGAUGAGUCAGAUACCAGAGGAGGAUGUGCACUCUUUUGCUCUAUUUCAAUUUAAUAUUAACAUAUACAUCUCAGCCAGGCUACAUCAAUUAUUGAAUCUUGCUG